UGGUUUUGAAACCUCGCGCAGCUCUGGUCGUCGCUCUCCUGUUUCUAUCGUACCCCCGUGUUUUUUGUAUCGAAAAUAACUGAGAGAGAGUGUGGAGAAAGGGGAAGAAAGCGUUCCUGUUUGCUUCACGUGCCUGCAGAUAAACAAAGCAAUUCAGCAAUCGAAAUACCCAAGUAUAUCGCAACAAAGCAACGUGGAAUAAUAGUGCUUCGAUUUUACUUAUUUGGUGCAUAUCAGGCGAAUUAAGGCUAACACCUAGAAAACUUUACGUUCCCACCGCAAGAUGUCGCUGCUGGUCGCCGGAAACAGUACCUCCCUUUCCGAGGAGGAACUCGACGAGUACUCCGAUGGCACCGUCAAAUUGCGCAACUCAAACAUUGAGCUCAUGGACCAGGACAUCCUAUAUCAUCUGGCGUUGGGCAGCGAGAGCCACGACCUGCAGGAGAUGUUUGGCGAUGUUAAGUUUGCCUGCAUGGGUGGAACACCCAAGCGCAUGGAGAACUUUGCCCACUUCAUCAUGAACGAGAUUGGAUACAAGUUGCCAGCUGGCACCCAACUGCAGGACAUCAGUGCCUAUUCGUACCGCUACUCGAUGUACAAAGUUGGACCCGUUCUGUGUGUCAGUCACGGCAUGGGAACGCCCUCGGUCAGCAUCCUGAUGCACGAGAUGAUCAAGCUUAUGUACCACGCCAAGUGCAAGGACCCCGUCUUCAUCAGAAUAGGCACCUGUGGAGGAAUAGGUGUCGACGGUGGUACCGUCAUCAUCACCGAGGACGCCCUCGAUGGUCAGCUGCGAAAUUCCCAUGAAUUUACCAUUCUGGGCGAGACCAUCCAUCGCCCUGCCAAGCUGGACAAGAAGCUGGCCCGCGAGCUAAAGUCCCUGUCCAGCGCCGACGAUCCAUACGAUACCAUUAUUGGCAAGACGCUGUGCACCAACGACUUUUACGAGGGUCAGGGUCGCUUGGACGGGGCUUUCUGCGAGUUCAGCGAGAACGACAAGAUGGCCUACCUGGAGAAGCUGCGCGAGAACGGGGUGGUCAAUAUCGAAAUGGAGAGUACCAUUUUCGCGGCUCUGACCCACCAUGCCGGGAUCAAGGCAGCGGUGGUUUGUGUGGCCCUGCUGAACCGCCUGAAUGGGGAUCAGGUCAACGCCCCCAAGGAGGUCAUGCACGAGUGGCAGCAGCGCCCUCAGAUCCUCGUGUCGCGCUAUAUUCGCAAGGUGCUUACACAUAAUGGGCAGCUAAAGAACCUCUUUGGGCACCAGGGAUCCAUCAAGUCGCCCCGACGCUUCAAGCUCGUCCAGCAAGAGUCUCAGGCCCACGAGUAAUCAGUGGGUCACAUCGCCAGGUUCAUUUAAUUAUUACUUCUUACUAUAUGUACGUUCCAGUAUACAAUGGUGUUACAACAUUCCCUAGUUUAGCUCUGAUUAAGUUCCUAGCUUUAUUUCUGUGUAUAUCGCCCUCAACCUCGUUAGAUAAUUUAAACCCGAUCAUAUUGUACGUAAAUUCAUUGAACUGCUAAACGCCGACAUAUGUUACCACAAAUCUUAUAUAUAUGUAUACCCAUAAUAUUUAAAAACGGUAUCACUGAAUGUGAUGUUCAAAGGUUAUCAGAAAUAAACGCUUUUGAGAUCACAAAAGAAAAAACGAAUAUAGAAAUAAAAUAAAUUGUUAAUUGUUAUGUUGCAUAUUUUAAAUGGGGCUACUCAAUAAGAAAAGGUUCAACAAUAAUAAACACUCUUAAAAUAACUA